AUGUCACAAUUAAGGGUGACAGGUAGUUCUUCAGCAUCACCUCUAUCCUUUUCAUCUUCGAUACCUGCACCUACAGCUAUCCCACAACAAGCAUCUACUGAAGUGGCACUGUUUGAUAUCAGUUGGGAAGUUUGUAAAAAGGUUGGUGGUAUCUAUACCGUAUUGAAAUCUAAAGCUCCAAUUACAGUUGAAGAAUAUAAAAGUAGAUAUGCAUUAAUUGGACCAUAUAAUUCAGAGACUGCAGCAACUGAAUUCGAACCAUUGACACCUGGACCAUUGACACAACCGGUCAUUGACAAUAUGAUGAAAAAAGUCUUAUCCAAAGGUAUUCUUGAUUGA